UUUCGUUACAACAUACAAUCUGUGAUACUAUAAAAGCACCCUGUUAUUUUCUUAAUCAAAACUCUUCAAAAUCAACCAUCAAUCAUCAACAAAUCUUCAAUCUAUUGGCCUUGCGAGUGCUCUCAACAGGACCUAACAACAACAAAUGCUUCUCUUCAAACACGGACGGAAUCGGGCUGCCGCGUUCGGGAUGCUGCGGGAACGGCUUCUGCUGGUUUGUUGGCUUCUCUCUGCUAUGGCGCUCAUCCAUCAAGUUGCUGGCGAUGAUCCUCCUCAACCUCCUCCUGUUGCUGCUUCUGCUGGUAACACUGUUGGCUUUGGACGUCACACAAAAUCAGGCGAGAAGGUCAAGUUGUCAAGCGACGAUUGGAGUGCAGCAGCUAGCACUGAUGAUCUGAAGGCGUACAAGGAUGCUGGUGCCCUGAACCCAUGUGAUGACAUCGAAUACGAAAAGGAAACCGGGGACAUCAUUGUCAAGUACAGGAAGGAUGGGAGAACCAAAUCUAAGGGAUGCAUGGUGGAUCUGCUUACGAAGCACACAACAUCAGUCGACUUCAUCAUUGGAAUCAAGAACGGCAACGGCUUGGAACAUUGCUUGGAUCCGACGACGACAUAUAAAACCAACUGCCGCUUGCCUUGGCCUAUUCGUACUUGCGACAAAGCAACAGAGUAUCUGUUUGACAGCUACGCAAACACGUUGCCAUUCAUCUACAGUCGUACUGUCGCGGAGUUCCAGUCGAUGCGUAACUUUGAACCGGCUACUGGUGAUGGCUGCCCUGGGUCUUGUUGGGGUAAUGUGGUCUGCAGGAAAUGGACUGGUCUUGCUGCUGGAUUUGCCAAAAAUGGUGGCAAAGUUGCGAGAACAGUUGUUGGAAUUGGUAAUCCCGGUGGUUCAGGCUGUACCUUGGCAGCUGAGAGUGCGGGGAAUGAUGCCAACUACAAGAUGACCGUCGACAAUGGAAAUAUGCAUUGGUUCGCAACAGAAGGCUGCGCUGGGAGUGAUGAAGGGGGGUUUCCAAGAGACGCUCAAUGCGUCAACAAGAAUAGCAUGGCACAAGAACUGGGCGAAAAAAUCACCUGGGAGAUUGAGUCCCCUCAGCCUGAUUCUGACUUCAAACAGCUGUUCACCUUCGCCUUGCUUCCCAAUACAGCAACCAAAGCCCACAGCAGGCAGCACAACCAGCUUUAUGGUGAAGUUGGUGGACCGAAAUGUGACGAGCUCUACGUCAAAUUUCCAGGCAGUUCAUUCAAGCUGUUGGUGCCCAAAAGUGGUGCUCCUACGAUCGUUGAAACUCUUGCACCACCACCAGAGCUUGUGUCGGAAACUCCACCGCCAGUACUUGCGCCGACCGAAGAUGGUGGAGGAGGUAUGGUCGUCGUCAUCAUAAUUGUCAUCGUCUUGAUUGUUGCUGUGGUUGGCGGUGUUCUCGUCUUCUUCUUCGUCAUCAAGAAGAGUGAGCCCGAUGCAGUUGAGGAAGACUAUUUCGGCACAUCGAAGGCUGGUGGAACGACAAAGACCAAAGCUGGAACAACGGUUGGGGCAACUCAGGCAAAGACUGGAGGGCUGACAACGGUUGGGACCAAAGCUGGGACAACUGCUGGGGGAACUGCAAAGACGGCCGCUGCGGCAACCAAGGCUGGGACGACUGUUGGUGGAAAGACUGCUGGUGGGAAGACUGCUGGUGGCGGGACGACGAAGAAGUGAGAAGAGAAGAAUGAUUGGACGUUGUGAUGAUUGAAGAAUAUGUCCAAAUAAAUAAAUAAAUAUUUCUUUCUCCCUCCCCUCUCUAUAGGCAUUUCCCCCUUCUAAUAAUGAGCAUCUCU